GUGUGCGUGUGUGUGUGUGUGACCAUUGCGUUUACGGGUUAUGACAAAAUAGGGUGUGUAAUAGAAAGGGCAAUAACGUCAGGUUCCAAACAGAUGGUGAACGGCGUCCGAUAUGAACUGGCCGGUCUUGGAAGUGCUGUUGUGAAUGCAGCGCAUUGGCGUCAUGUUUAUUUCAGAAUGGACCUGUCCGGAUGGUCCGUCCAUUUAAAGAGCGCAGUGUAGCCGAGCCGAGCCGCCCCGCCGCCACACCACACCAGCACACCGCACCGCACCAUGUCCCCCGGCGUUUCCCCUGCUCCGCUCACCGGGCUCGACGCGCGGCUGGAGGGCUGCACGCCGUCACGCGCCGCAGGUGCCACGAAAUGAAGGAGUUGCGGAGGAGACGAGCGCCGUUUGCAUAGGAGCGCGCGUGGGGACAUAGGAGCAAUCGGAUUUCACAGCGCACUCGACCCACAAUGGCCAAAAACACGUCGCUCUAUUUCCGAGUUGUCGAGGGCAGGAACCUCCCGGCCAAAGACGUCUCCGGAACCAGUGAUCCAUACUGCAUUGUAAAAGUUGACAAUGAAGUUGUGGCGAGGACUGCCACGGUGUGGAAGAACCUGAAUCCUUUCUGGGGUGAAGAGUAUACACUGCACCUCCCGAUGGGUUUCCAUUCGCUCUCCUUUCAUGUCAUGGACGAGGACACCAUUGGCCACGACGACGUUAUCGGAAAGAUUACUCUCAGUAAAGAAGCCAUCAGAUCUCAAGCUAAAGGGCUAGAUAGCUGGCUGAACCUGACCAGGGUCGACCCCGAUGAAGAAGUCCAGGGAGAGAUCCAUCUGAGUCUGGAGCUGCUGAAAGAUACCGAGAGGAUCAGCGUGCGAUGUCAGAUCAUUGAGGCCAGAGACCUGGCUCCAAGAGACAUCUCCGGAACCUCUGAUCCAUUUGCAAGAGUUAUUUUCAACAACCACAGUGCAGAGACCUCGAUUAUCAAGAAAACCCGUUUCCCUCACUGGGCAGAGACACUGGAGCUGGAGUUGGAUCCAGAGGAGCUGAGUGACGAAGGAAAUGUCACUGUGGAGGUCUGGGACUGGGACAUGGUGGGCAAGAACGACUUUCUGGGAAAGGUUGAAAUCCCUUUUGCCUGUUUGCACAAGACACCUCUGUUAGAGGGCUGGUUCCGUUUGCUACCCUUGGGAAACAAUGAGGUUGAUGCUGGCGGUAAACUGGGAGCGCUGCGUCUGAAGGUGCGCUUGGUGGAGGAUCGGAUCCUGCCAUCUGUGUACUAUCAGCCUCUUAUUGACCUUAUGGUUGAGUCAGUCAUCUCCCCCACAGAGGUGGAGGAUAGCAGUGCUCUGACCAUGCUGGAGGACGUGACCACGGUUGAAAGCCGACAAGAUGUGGCAAUGACCCUGGUGAAGAUCUACCUGGGCCAGGGCCUGGUGGUGCCCUUUCUGGACUACCUUAACACCCGGGAGGUCAACCACACCACUGAUCCUAACACUUUGUUUCGCUCCAACUCACUUGCCUCUAAGGCCAUGGAACAAUUCAUGAAGGCUGUUGGCAUGCUGUAUCUGCAUGAGGUGCUGAAGCCCAUCAUUAAUCGCAUCUUUGAUGAGAAGAAAUACAUUGAGCUGGACCCGUGUAAGAUCGACCUGAAUCGCACAAGACGAAUUUCAUUUAAGGGUGCAGUGUCCGAGGCGGAGGUACGGGACAGCAGUGUGGAGAUGCUGCAGAGCUACUUGACCAGCAUCAUUGAAUCUAUUGUGGGCUCAGUCGAUCAGUGUCCUCCGGUCAUGAGAGUGGCCUUCAAACAGCUGCAUAAGAGAGUAGAGGAGCAAUUUGCUGAACCUGCGAACGAGGAUGUGAAGUAUCUGGCCAUCAGUGGAUUCUUCUUCCUGCGUUUCUUUGCUCCUGCAAUCCUGACGCCGAAACUGUUCCAGCUGAGAGACCAGCACGCUGACACACGUACAAGCAGAACACUGUUACUACUGGCCAAGGCGUUGCAAAGUGUCGGGAACCUGGGCCUUCAGCUGGGUCAUGGCAAGGAGCAGUGGAUGGCGCCUCUUCACCCCAUCAUCCUUCGCAGUGUGGCCUCUGUGAAAGACCUCCUAGACAAGUUAAUCGACAUAGAUCAUGACAUAGUGUCCGAGGUGCCUCAGAGGGCCGUAUUCAUGCCCUCUGUCACAGUGAAAGAGGGAUACCUCCACAAACACAAGACAGAGGGACCCCAACUGUUGUCGCGCUUUGCCUUCAAGAAACGCUACUUCUGGUUGACGAGUGAGACGCUGUCCUAUGCCAAGACCCCUGAUUGGCAGGUGCGCUCCUCAAUCCCCAUCCAGUGUGUGUGUGCCGUGGAGAGGGUGGAUGAAAAUGCCUUUCAGCAGCAGCAAGUAAUGCAGGUCAUCACCCAGGACACCGACGGACAGAUGCACACCAUGUACAUCCAGUGCAAGAAUGUGAAUGAGCUGAACCAGUGGCUGUCAGCGAUCAGGAAAGUCAGCAUCUACAAUGAGCGCAUGCUGCCCUCCUUCCACCCGGGGGCUCAUCGCAGUGGCAAGUGGACCUGCUGCCUGCAGAGCGACCGUGCAGUUACAGGCUGCAGUAGAACCCACUCAGCCGUGACUCUGGGGGACUGGAGUGACCCGCUGGAUCCCGACGUCGAGACUCAGACCAUUUACAAGCAGCUUCUCCAGGGCAAAGAAAAACUGAGGAAAAAAUAUGUGGAGAUGCCAGACGCAGAUCAGACGUUGAGCAACAAAGAAAAGAUCUGCUCCGACAUUCGCCCAGACGGUGCAGAAUGCGUCGUUCAGCUUCUGAAGCCAGGUCAGAGCAUCGCUGUUCGCCUGCUGGCGGUCAUCGAGGAUUUGGAGCAGGCUCACACCACCUUCCAGUGCAGAGAAGAGCAGGAAGACACCAGCGUCAUUCUCAAUCCCUAGACUCGUAAUAUACCAAAACUAUUGGGCAUCAGAUAUAGAGCCUCUUGAUUGUCAAGGACAAUAUGUGGUCUCUUCCAGCCUUUAGUCCAGUCCUCGCUGGAGAGAGCACAAAAAACUUGUUUAGUAUUCUCUGAGUGCCACUGACUUCAACCGCGCUGGGGAGAGAUUAUGAUACUUGAAUGCUUUUGAAGCAUGGUCUUGAUAUUGGGACUUGACAUUUUUUUUAAUGUAAAUAACAACCAAUCUGCUGCAUGGCUUGCAUCCAUUUGUUGUGAAAUGUGAAAAGACGCUUUUAUAUUUUGAGAAACUUUACAGGACCUGGGGGGUUCACACAUUUUUAUGCAAAAAGCAUGUUAUAAUGUAAUCUACAGUUCCUGGAUGUAAGGUGAUUUGAAAUUGCUUUAUCAAUGAUUUGUAAUUUCUUGAGGCAAUUUAUCGGUGUGGUCGUGAUGUAGCAGUGAUACUAACAUUGUAGGUCAUGCCACCAUAAGUUUAUGAAAUGCUGGCGCACAUGUGACAAUAGCUGCCUGUUCAAUGAGAGAAAUGAAUAUUAUUUGUUUUGCUGCUUUGGUCCCUUUAUACGAAAGCUGUGCUCUUGUUUGGUGCUAUGGCCAGUCAACCCAAAUGUUUUGUUCUGAUGUAAUUUGCAUAUUUAAAAAACACUCGAUGCAGCCAUUCCUUAAGCCAUAUGGGUAAUAUUUACCUGUUAACAAUAUAAUGUCCAUACAUAUAUAGAACCAAUAAUCCAUAUUACUGAGACAACAGGAGUAACACUUGCGUGACAUACACUUUGAGAUUGCUUUUAGCAAUGAAAAGUGCUCUAUAAAUGAAAUUUAUUCUUAUUAUUCUUAUUAUUAUUAUACUCCCAUUUGAUAAGUUUACAUUUUCUUGAGAUUUUGGUGCCACUACAUUUGGCUCACAAAUGUCAGGAUAUGUUCAAGAUGCCAAAAUUGUUUUUAGACAAUGACAUUUUUAAACAUCACAGUUUGUCUUUAUCUGUGAGACACACAAAACACAAGCAUGUCGCAAAGCCGUUUGAGUAUAGUGUUCAGUAUCUUUCCCUGAGUGUAAUGGAGAUCAGGCCCGUGAUCCCUCUGAUACCCUCAGCAUGUCACCCUUAAUCUGGAGCUGUAAAGAUUGAAUUCUGGUAAAGCGGAGUGUGGAGUAAACAUUUCUCCUACCUUAGAUGUAAAGCUAUAGUACACAUACCAGACACGGCCGUACUGGUGGUAGUUACACUGAUAUGGUUAUUUCCAAAGAGUUCGGGUAUUUGCCGUUUCCCAAAAUUUGUUUUAUUGAUCUGCCACUUCAGUCUUUUCAAAAUGAAAGUGUUGUUUGUGAACUUUAUAUUUGCUGAUUGAGGGCUUUUAUUACGACAAGAUAAAAGAAAAACACUGCCUGUAUUUUAUUUUGCAAAUACGCCAUGAUGGUCGGCUCCAUGUGGAUUGUUACUGUGAACUUAACACGACUAUUGUAUUAUUCAGUAAACUCUUAUCUCAGCUAA